GCGUUUACGGAAGAGGCUGCCGAGGGCGAACUGCUUGUCAAGACAGUUGCAAUCGCUUCAGCGUCAGCAUCCCUUUAUCGUGUCUCUCGUUCAUUUAGAGGAGCAAGUGGAGACUGGUCCGGUCUGUUGCUGCUGAGAGAUGGUGCGGCUGUCUCUGUCCCCCGUGCUGGACGUGUCACCCCUCCCAGAGCGCCCGGAGGAGGUGAAGGGGAAACGGCGGCGCCCCCAAGCAGACUCGCCCCGCACUGUCAGUGCCCUGCAGCAAGGUCUGGCUGCCGCCGCCUCCUCCUCCUCCUCCUCCUCCCCAACCCCCAGCCAGCCCUGCGAGGGCUACCUCGAGGAAGGCCUCCUGCUCCUCAAGCACAAGAUCCGCAACAUUGAGAAGAAGAGGCUGAAACUUGAUGACUACAGAAAGCGUUUAAAGGAUGGCGAAAAACUCAAUCGAGACCAAAUGGAUGCCGUUGACAAGUAUGAAGAAGUCGUCCAAAACCUGAUGUUUGCCAAAGACCUCCAGAAGUCCCUGGGUGCCCUCAGCCAGGAGCUGUUGAAGACCCAGCGGAAGGUGGUGAGGAGGGAGCAGGCGGUGAGGGCGGAGGCGGAGAAGAAGCGUCUGGGCAGCGUGCUGCACGUCCGCCACGUCCUGCUGACCCUGCAGCAGGAGCACGUGAGGAGGGACCUCCGCAGCGGCCAGGACCACGCCCCCUUCCUGGGGCCCGGCGAGAUCGAGCACCUGCUCGACCUCGCCGCCCUGGUGGGCUGCAAGAGAGAGGAGACUAUGAGGUACCAGGCCACAUGCCCUGUGUUUCGGGGGGAGUGUCCCUUGGGGGGGUAUCCCACAGCAGUGACAGUUAUGGUCCUGGGUUUCAUUCUCUGUCAGAACUGGCUUAAUGUAAUGGUUAAUGAAAUAAGCAGUGAUUCUGUGUUUAAACUGGCUCCUUGCAAAGCGACACCCUUGAAACCAGAGCAGUUAUGGUCCUGUGGUGGAUACCCCACCCUGAGGAAACAGCAGCUGCAGGACUUGAUGGAACAGAUUCAGGGCUCCUUCAGCUUCAUGCAGUCUACCCCUCUUCCAGUCAGGCUCCUCUCCACUGACAGCACAACCAAUGUGACCAACGAGGGGCAGCCCCCGGUCAACCCUGACCCGAGUGUCGCCGUGGACCAAGUGUCUGAUCCACCACCUGACGACGCAGGCCCCGCCCCGCCUCUCCCAGCACAGCCCGUCUCCUCCGCUCCCAUCAGCCCCACCGCCAGCAUGGCCGCUGCCACGCCCUUGCAGGACACGCACAUCGUGUUGGCCAAUACCCCUCUACCGCCCAGAAGUGAGUUGGACCAGAAACCUGACGCAAGCGCACUUUCAGACUCCUACAGUCUGAGUGUUUCCACAGCCAGCACGCAGACCCCACCCGAAGCCAGCCUGCUGGACCAGGCCAACCUACAGCCAGUGACCUCUUACCAGUCGGAGUGUCCAGUCGGUAACAGCUACCAGGUGUACCUCUCCCCAUGCCAGCCGUCUGGCGUGCAUCUCCGUUCCAGCCAGCCGUACUACGGCCGCGGUGCCAUCAGGGGUACCGCGCGGGGCAGCAGGGGACUGUCCCGCUCGCCCGGCGGCUACAAAGGGGGAUUGGAGGGGUACAGGACUGGCCUGCGGUCUUUGGGGGGCAGUUCCGUCCCCCACUCCUCAAGGGAGAUCACCCCAGUCCUGUAUGGAUUUCGGGAGACUGGCUACCAGCACAGCUACAAGCGUGGUAGUGGUACUGGUGGACAGAGAAACAGCUCGAGAGUUGCUUGGAAUGACAUGUCCCAGGUGAGCAGCUCGGAGACGGACAGCGAAACCUUCGCGAGCGUGGAUUCGGGACACGGUGACUCGCGCUGCAUCACCCCCAUCGACGCGCCCGCUGCCACCCAGGGCUCCGCCCUCACGCCCGUGCACGUGUUCCAGCUAGCCCAGCAGAUGCGCGUGGCCUUCUCCGCCGCCCGCACCGUCAACUUCGCCCCCGGCGCCCUGGACCAGACCAUCACCUUCGACCUGCUCCACAGCAACCUGGGCGACGCGUUCGAUGCCCACCUUGGCCGCUUCACUUGCCCGGCCGAUGGCACCUAUGUCUUCAUCUUCCACAUCCUCAAGCUGGCCGUCAAUGUGCCCCUCUACGUCAACCUGAUGCGCAACGAGGAGGUGAUGGUGUCGGCCUACGCCAACGAUGGCGCGCCCGACCACGAGACGGCCAGCAACCACGCCGUGCUGCAGCUGCGCCAGGGCGACCGCGUCUGGCUCCGGCUGCACCGCGGCGCCAUCUAUGGCAGCAGCUGGAAGUACAGCACCUUCUCGGGCUACCUCCUGUACCAGGACUGAAGAUCCGCAUCCUCGCUGUGAGGGAGGGAGCUGGAGAAAUCAGGACUCUGCCACUCUGCACUUAAAAACUACUGCUCCGUGUGGUGAGCUUGCAUGGCCCAGGUUCCGGUUCUUGGCCUGCC